AUGUCUGAGAAUCAGAAUGGAGGGCUUGUGGGUGGGCUGGUGAACGGGGUCGGUGGUCUCUUGGGGGGUGGCCAAAAUGCGCGGCCACCACCACCACCACCAGACUCGGCUGACAACAACAACAACAACCAAGGAGAUUCAGCCACAAACAACGCUUCAGAACCAGACAAGAAUGACGGUCAGGGUCAGGGGAAAAAUGGAAAUGAUGGUGACGGAAAGCAGAAUGGCCAAGGAGGCAACAACGGCGGAAAUGGAGCAGUCUCGUCGUCAUCUUCGGCUUCAGCAUCACCGUCGCCAACCUCGUCAACGCCUACUUCCGACGUCGCUCAGACGACGGCACCUGCAAAGAGCGAUGCCGGCGGAAACCAGCAGCAAUCUACUGCCCUUCCAUCGACAUCAGCGGCAGCAGUUAACACACCUACGGUCCCAGUGGUCCUCACCCCUACGCCUCCGGCAUCUACCCCGUUGCUUGAGUCCAUCUCAUCCCUGAUCUCGUCCACCGGCACCGCAUCACUGCCGCCUGCCGCUGUGCCUACCCAACUCUCUUCAUCAGCGAUCCCGAUAGUAUCAUCAUCAUCUGCGGCACUCAACCCCGAGACGCCGCUGCCAACCACGCUGAUAUCAUCAACGUUGAGUAGCACGCCCUCAGCGAGCGAUGCAGCGUCUACGCCCGUAGCCUCGGCAGCCAGCCUUCAGCAGGAGAGCAAUGACGGCGCCAUCCAGAAGAGUUCCGGCCAAUCCAAUGUCAAGACAACCGCCAUCGCUGUCGCCGCGCCUGUGGGUGGAGUGAUGGUGCUUGGCAUCCUGUUCGUCAUAUUCAAGAAGAACAGAGGUUGCUUCCGGCGCAAGAAGGAGAUCAACGGGAGUAUACUGGACGAUGAGGAGAUUUCAAGUUGGAGGACUGUGCAGCACCAUGACAAGUUUGAUCCAGCAAGGAACUACUAG